UAAUCCAUUCUCAUGUACACCGAUUAAAAACAAGGAAUCAUUCAGUCCGGUAUGCCCCAGUCUCAGUCUGGUAAUUAUCACUUCUUCCUUCCUAUUCUUUCCAUGAGUAACCAUUUUAUUGUCUACAUUCUUAUUGAUUUUAUAUAGAUCUCUUCCUCUCAAAUCUGUAUUCCAUACUCCUUGCCAAUGUCUAACAAAUCUCUGUAUGGGACUUUUAUUUUGGCGUGUGUUGUGACGUCACAAGGCUGCGCCCGCUCCCGUGUUUGCGAUCCUGAAGCAGGACAAAGUGUCCAAACACAGAGAGAAACUCCUGCUGAAGCGACUGAUCUCCACACUGUUAUAAAGAUGGCGUUUAUUAAAGAGGAGAGUGAAGAUCUGAAGAUUGAAGACACAUUCACAGUCAAACAGGAGGAUCCAGAGGAGCAAACAGAGAUGAUGUUGCUGAAAGAAGAGACUCGAGAACUGACUGAAAUGGAAGAAAGAGAUCAGUUUGAGAAACACCAAGAUUUAAUGACUGAUGAAAUAUCUAAGACAGAAAACACUUUGUCAUGUAAAAAAGCUCCGAAGGCAAGGUCUAACGGUUCCUUCACCUGCUGUAAAUGCGGGGAAAGUUUUACAAGUAAACUAAAACUUGAGUCCCACAUGAAAACUCACAAAAGAGAACCGACACCUUGCACUUGCCCUCAAUGCGGAAAGAGCUUUACGCAGAAACAUCACCUUAAAGUCCACAUGAGAAUUCACACCGGAGAGAAGCCUUACAUCUGCCAACAGUGUGGAAAGAGAUUCAAUCAGUCGCAGACCCUUAAAAUUCACGUUACAAUUCACACCGGAGAGAAGCCGUACACCUGUACUCAGUGUGGAAAGAGUUUCAGUCAGAAGUCAAACCUUGACAUCCACAUGCGGAUUCACACCGGAGAGAAGCCGUUUGCCUGCCAACACUGUGGAAUACGAUUCCGGCAAUUGCAAGUCCUUAAAGAGCACGUCACCGUUCACACCGGAGAGAAGCCUUUCACCUGCUCUCAGUGCCAGAAGAGUUUCCGAUUAAAACAAGCACUCGAGAUACACACGAGAAUUCACACCGGAGAGAAGCCAUUCUCGUGCCAACAGUGCGGAAGGAGUUUUUCGCAAAUACAAAGCAUCAAACACCACAUGAAAACUCACACCGGAGAGAAGCCUUACAACUGCCAACAGUGCGGGAAACUCUUCACACGCAAAACAUCCCUUAACGCUCACAUGAACAGUCACACUGGAGAGAGGCAGUUCAAUUGUGGCCAGUGUGGCAAGAGUUUCGCACGUAAAUAUACUCUUAAUAAGCAUGCGAGGAUGCACUCGGAGGAGAAAUGUUUUAUAUGCUAUGAUUGCGGGAAGAGAUUCAGUCAUAAAAGGAGCUUUAACACUCACAUGAGGCUCCACGCUGAAGAACAGACACAGAAACUUUGCUCAAGUUCAAAACAUUUGCGCUUCCUUAACCAUCAGGAGCCUUCUCUUGUAGGAGCUUAUGACGUAGUGCCUGUUGUUGGAGUCCCAAGGGGAAAUCUUCCUGCCGACACAGGACAACAGCUCAUCAAACUGGGACCAGCUCAGUUGGAAGAACAGAUGAAGAAGUAUCUUCUGCUGGCGUCUGUUUGGUGUGUUCAUGUGCAGCUUUUUGGUCCGGAUGGAACCAGACAUGGAGGGCUGAUGGUGCUGAAACAAGAGACUCAGAACCUGAAUGAAAUGGAAGAGAAAGAUCAGUAUGGAAAACACCAAGAUUUAAUCACUGAAGAAAAACCCACAAUAACAAGAAACACUUCACGUAAAAAGGCUAAGAAAACCAAACCUUUCAUCUGUCACUGUGGAAAACGCUUCACUCAAAAAAGCAACCUUAAAGUCCACAUGAGAGUUCACACAGGAGAGAAGCCUAUAGCAUGCGAUCAGUGUGGAAAGGGAUUCGCUCACAAACAGAACCUUACAGUGCACAUGAGAGUUCACACCGGAGAGAAGCCUUUCCCCUGCCAGUACUGUGGAAAGAGAUUCAGGCAGUUGCAAAACCUUAAAUUUCACAUUACCGCUCACACUGGAGAGAAGCCGUACACCUGCCCUCACUGCCCGAAGAGUUUUGAUCGAAAGAAAAAAUGCGAAAAGCACAUAAGAGUUCACACCGGAGAGAAACCAUUCGCCUGCCAGCAGUGCGGAAGGAGCCUCGCUAGUAAAGAUCUGCUCAAAAAACACUUGAAAAUUCACAGCGGGGAGAGACCUUACACCUGCCAAGAAUGUGGGAAGAGUUUCACUGAAACAGAACGCCUUAGAGUCCACAUGAGGAUUCACACCGGAGAGAGACCUUACACUUGCUCACAGUGCGGGAAGAGUUACACACAGAAAAACUGCCUUGAUUACCACGUGAGGAUUCACACCGGAGAGAAACCGUACAACUGCACACAGUGCGGCAAAAGCUUUAAAUGUAGAACCUCGCAAAUCCGCCACAUGAACAUUCACACUGGAGAGAAGCCGUUCGCGUGUGUUCAAUGCGGAAAGAGUUUUGCACAAGAGUUUCACCUGAGGAAUCACGUUAUUUGUCACACCGGAGCGAAACCUUUUACGUGUGACCAGUGCGGAAAGAGUUUUACGCGUAAAGAUAACCUUAAAGAGCACAAGACCAUUCACACAAAUGAUAAAUCCUUUAUAUGUGAUCAGUGCGGGAAGGGAUUUACACGUAAAGACUACCUCAGCCAGCACAUGAAGAUUCACACGAAACAGAUUGUAUGUCCUCGGUGUGGAAAGAGUUUCGCUCAGAAGAGGAACUUCAACUUGCACACUGCCAGGUGUAGCAUCUGAUCAGACACUGUAUUACCUACCAAAUAUGAUAAACAGCAACCCCCACUCGACAACCAGGCCAUGUGUUACUCAUACUCCCCCAAUACCUGAACUCAGGGCAAGUCUCUGAUAACUGUGGUAAGGGUUUAUUGCACUAAAGCAUUUGAGUUUGCCUCUGAACUCUAAAACAGGGGUCACCAAUUUCGAUCUUGGAGGUCCGGUGCUGUGCAGGGUUUAGCUCCGACUUGCCUCAACGCACCUGCCUGGCUGGUACAAGUAUACCUAGUAAGACCUUGAUUUGCUUGUUCAGGUGUGUUUGAUUAGGGUUGGAGCUAAAAUCUGCAGGACACCGGACCUCCAGGAACAAGUUCGGUGACCCCUGCUCUAAAAAAUGCACUUAGUUUAUCACACUAAAGCAUUUACCUGUUUGUAAUGUUGCCAUUCCUUUUCACAACACUUAAAACACAAUUAGGAACUGAAGAAACCAAGUGAUUUUGGUGUAAUUUUGUCCUGCAAACAAAUCUUAAGGUGAGCAACAGUAUGGGGUCUCCGUUGUCGCAUUUUGCGCACUCUUGGAGACAGGUCAGGACUCCAGGCAGGCUAGUCAAGUACCUGUACCCUCUUCCUCCACAGGCAGGACUUUGUAAUGAGUGCAGAAUGUGGUUUUGCAUUGUUGCGUUGACACAACCCCCUUGACAGACCCUGACUUUGGGACUUGUUCCUCUCUGAAUGAUCCGCUUCUUCUUUGGUCCAGGGCACACAACAUCCAUUUCUCCCAAAAAUACCUGAAAUACUGAUUCAUCUGACCAGAGUACAGGUUUGCACUUUGUGAGGGUCCAUCCCAGAUACCUCAGAGCCCAGAGAAGCGCUUCUGGACACUCUUAACAUAGAGCUUCCUUUUGGCACUGUACAGUUUUCACUGACAUUCGUGGAUGUAACUACAUAUUGUGGUACUUGACAAAGGUUUGCUGCAGUAGUCCUGAGCCCAUGCGGUGAUAUCGCUUAUAGAUGAAUGAGGAUUCUUGAUG